GAAGAUUCAGAAGAAGAUGAUGAACAAGAACAAGAGCUUUGAGCUGUUUAUGGAGAUGCGAGCCUUCGAUUCCAACAGAAAAGGAACCUUCUCUCUACUUCUCCUUUUCCUCCUUUUCAUCCUCAUCCUCUUCGUCAUCUGAUUCUCUCUCUCUCUCUGUGUGUGUGUGUGUGUGUGUUAGAUUUCACUUUCUAUAAUCAUAUAUAUAUAUGAUCGUUUGUUUUUUUUUUUUUUUCCUUUUUUACUUGUUGAUCUAAAAGGGUUUUUCUGUGACCCUUUUGGAUUUCAAUUUGACUGAAUCGAACAGUUCUUUGUUGUUCUUGUUUUUUUUUUAGAUUGAACUGUUUGAUUUAGAGAAUCAUAUCUGAAAUUUUAUCUGAUUCGUGGUUCUCUUCUUGUUGCUAAGUUCUGGAUCUUGUUUGUCUAAUGCUUGCAUCGAUCUUGGGAUCUAAUCUUGUUGAUUCCGGGAUUGGUUAGUUGGGUUUAGGGUUUCAGAAAUCUCACGCUGUUUCAAUUGCUGUGAUAGGUCGAUCCAAGAAAAGGUUUUUUUUUUUUUAAAAAAAAAGGGGAAAAAAAAAUAUUGGGUCAUUGUUGUUAUUUUGAUUCAUUGUGUUUGUGUCAUCAUAUUAAUACAAUUAGGUUUUGGUGUAAAUAUAAUCCAUUUUCUGUGAAUUAAAUGGUAACCAUGCGUUCCCUCCUUUGAAAUAUUUGUGAUUCCAGGAGGAAUUUAAUUCCUUUUAUUGUCCUUUCCCAAAAAUAGCAAAAAAAUAAAAAAAAAAAUAAAAAAAUAAAAAAAUCAGGGCUUCAAUUUACUAGUAAUCGAAAAACCCACCUUUUUUUUGUCUUGUUGGGUUGCAUAAUUUUGGCUUCUGUUAAUCGGGGUUGUUUUUGAUACCAACGAAUCAGAUAAAUUCAGUCUAGUUGUAGAUUUAGCUAUUUUUAACUUCAGACUAGGAGGAGAAGAGUGAUACAGUUUUUGUCUUGAAGGAGGAGUAGGUGGGGGGUACUUGUUGGGUCAUUGCUUUCUAUGGGAAUACCUGAUAGUCUACUACUAGAUUUGAUAGAGAAGGUUGGAUCUUGGAUUUAUUGGGGAACAAGCGAUUUAAUUUCUUUGUCCAGUGAAUUUGAGAUGAACAAUACCAAAAUUUGUUGCGACUCCUGUGAGUCUGAAUUGGGCUUCACAGACAAUUGCCUGAAGUACCAUUGCCAAAGCUGUGAUAGAAUGUUAUGUGCGAAUUGUGCAUGGGGCUAUGGUUCUUUGGGUGUUGUUUCGGGCGAUACAGAAAGCACUGUGGAUGCUGGGGUUGAUAUUAAGUCUUGCAAAUUUUGUUCCGAGAUUAGUUUUAGGAAUGAAGGGGGCAAAAAGUAUAGUGGUAAGAUCUAUCCUUCAGAGUCUCCCCGACAAAGUCCUGAACCUGCAUCACCUUGUUUCAGUAGUGAAAAUUUGGAUGGUUAUUCCCCCCAUUCUUUGACCAGAAGCAGUGUUACUUCAUUUACUGGUCAUCCAUCUCCAGUUGCUGUUCGUUGCACUCCAAGCAGGAGUGAUGAUGAAGAGGCAGAGGAUUCUACAAGGACCUUUUUCAGCCCAUCAAGUGAAUACUGUAACGACACUUCGGAUUUAGACUCAAGUAGCGUUAGUGCUAGACAUGAGCUUUGCAGUUUUAAGUCAGUUGGAUCAAGUCCUUCUGAUAGUCCAUCUGCAAUUCGUGUUACUUCCAAUAGAGUUAGGCAUUCUGUACUGGAGCGAGGAGGAACCCUGAGAUCUCAGAAUAUUGGUCCAUUUGAUCAAGACUCCAUGGCUGUUUUAAGAAGGCCAGAGAGAGGGACUGAGGAUCCAGAAAAUACUGAUGUUUGUGCUGAUGAUUUGUCUAUAUUUCGGGAUCAAUGCCAGAAGUUGCAAAAGCCAUUGGAUUUUGAAAAUAAUAGUCUAAUAUGGUUUCCUCCGCCACCUGAAGCCGAAGAUGACGAGUCAGAUUCCAAUUUCUUUGGAUAUGACGAUGACGACGAUGAGAUUGGAGAUUCAGGUGUGGUGUUUUCAUCCAGCAGUAGCCUUCCUAGCAUGUUCCCAGCAAAGGAGAAACAGAAUGAAGGACACAAGGAACCUCUGAGAGCUGUGGUACAGGGGCAUUUUAGGGCUCUUGUGUCGCAGUUGUUACAAGGGGAGGGUAUCAAAUUGGCCAAAGAAAACAGUACAGAGGACUGGCUUGACAUUGUUACCACUAUAGCAUGGCAAGCUGCAAAUUUUGUCAGACCAGAUACUAGCAGAGGAGGCAGCAUGGAUCCUGGUGAUUAUGUAAAGGUUAAGUGUAUAGCAUCAGGCAGUCCUAGUGAGAGCACACUUGUUAAAGGAGUAGUUUGUACAAAGAAUAUUAAGCACAAGCGCAUGACUUCCCAAUACAAAAAACCUAGAUUACUUAUUUUAGGAGGAGCGCUCGAGUACCAAAGAGUUCCUAAUCAGCUAUCUUCUUUUAAUACAUUACUGCAACAGGAAAUUGAUCAUCUGAAGGUGAUUGUGUCAAAGAUAGAGACACACCGUCCAAAUGUGCUGCUUGUAGAAAAAAGUGUAUCUUCAUAUGCCCAAGAGUAUCUGUUAGAAAAGGAAAUCUCUUUAGUGUUGAAUGUGAAAAGGCCAUUAUUGGAACGCAUAGCCAGGUGCACUGGUGCUCUUAUAGCUCCAUCAAUUGACAAUAUUUCUACAACACGGGUGGGACGCUGUGAACUCUUCCGGCUGGAAAGAGUGUCCGAAGAACUUGAGAAAGCCAACCAAUUCAAUAAGAAGCCCUCAAAAACCUUGAUGUUUUUUGAAGGUUGUCCCCGGCGUUUAGGUUGCACGGUACUGCUGAAGGGCUCAUGUCGUGAAGAACUGAAGAAGGUCAAGGAUGUUGUUCAUUAUGCAGUUUUUGCAGCGUAUCAUUUAUCUCUGGAGACUUCCUUCCUUGCUGAUGAGGGUGCUAGUCUUCCUAAAAUUACGAUCAAACCUUCAAUUUCCGUACCUGAGAGGACAACUGUUGAUAAUGCCAUUCCAGUUAUCCCUAAUUCUGUUUCUUCUGUUAAUUACCUAGCUUUUACUGAUGACCAAGAUAUUAUUGAUAGAUCUGCUGGUCCUUUUGGAGUGAGGGAAUUUUCAUCUAAGCAUCUAAAUCCUAAUCAUGAUUUUGUUUCUACCUCAAUGGAGUGUAGAGUUGGAUAUGCAUCUUUUGUUGUACGUGACGAUAAUUUAGCAUCUAAUGAGCCUUUGGAUGAUAUGAAGGUCCCCACUGUGUUUCCUUCUGAGAUUGGAAACCAUACCCAGCUGGAAUUGUUGGAAACCACAGGUCAAGAGGAGAGACAACAGAAGGAAUUUUUUGAACUGAAAGGGCCUGAUAGGGGUGAUGGAAAUGAAGCCUCAAGUGAAUAUUAUUCAGCAACAGAUGGUCACCAGAGCAUAUUGGUAUCCUUUUCGAGCCGUUGUGUGCUAAAUGAAACUGUAUGUGAACGCUCUCGACUCAUUCGCAUCAAGUUCUACGGUUGUUUUGAUAAGCCGCUUGGGAGGUAUCUUCGAGAUGACCUGUUUGAUCAGACAUCUAGCUGCCGAUCUUGUAAAGAGCCAACUGAAGCCCAUGUCUUAUGCUAUACUCACCAGCAGGGAAACCUUACCAUAAACAUUAAACGCCUUCCCUCAGUGAAGCUACCUGGGGAGCGUGAUGGAAAGAUAUGGAUGUGGCACCGAUGCCUCAAGUGUGCACAGAUUGAUGGAGUUCCUCCAGCAACUCGUAGAGUGUUCAUGUCAGAUGCUGCUUGGGGACUUUCCUUUGGGAAGUUCUUGGAACUUAGUUUUUCAAACCAUGCUACUGCUAAUCGUGUUGCAAGCUGUGGUCAUUCUCUGCAAAAGGACUGCCUUCGUUACUAUGGGUUUGGGGGUAUGGUUGCAUUUUUCCGUUAUUCCCCUAUUGAUAUUCUUUCUGUCCGUUUGCCCCCAUCUGUACUUGAGUUCAAUCGCCAUGAUCAACAGGAGUGGAUAAGAAAAGAGGCGGCUGAGCUUCUGUGUAAAACAGAAGCCUUGUAUGCAGAGUUAGGUACUGUACUUCACAGCAUUGAACACAAACGUAUUCCCUUGGAACAUGAAAAGUCUGCAAAUGUGAGUGAAUUACACAUACUUGACCACAUCAUGGAGUUAAAGGAUCUGCUUAAACAAGAGUGUAGUGAUUACAAGGAUUUGCUUCAACCAGCUGGUGAAGAAACUUCACUGUUGGAUCAGGCAUCAGUAGAUAUUCUUGAGCUUAAUCGCCUGAGACGUAACCUUGUAAUCGGUUCACAUGUUUGGGAUCGUCGGCUCUAUUCCUUGGAUUCCCUUCUUAAAACAUGGAGUUUUAGUCCCAAGGCUACACAGGAUGCUAUGUCACAUACUGAGCUGAAAGAGUUGAGAAGUGAUUCACGUUCUAAGGAUAUCAGUCUUGACCGUGGUUAUGAAGAAAAUGUUUCCGAGUCUACAAACUUACAAGAGUUGUCCAAGAAUUGUACUGAGUCGGAGCAGAAGGAUGAUCCUAACGUAUUGCCUUAUGAGCCUAGUGUUCCUGAAAACACCAUGUCAUCCUCAUGCCAGCAUUACAGACAAGGGGAACCACAAUCUGAUGGACAAAUUAUGAUUGGUACGACAUCUUUAGAUAGUGGCCGCUUGCCUGCAUCCAAUCUGUCGGAGAAAAUAGAUUCUGCAUGGACUGGCACGGUUCAACUUCCAUCGAAAGCUCAGUUUCUUACUACCGAACAGACAGAUGGCCCUCAGGUUGGUUCUGUCAAGAACAUAAAUCAAACAGAUAAUCCAACUUCUCAAAGGCUAGCAGCGUCACCGGUAAGAGUUUAUUCUUUUGAUUCCGCACUGAGACUUCGAGAAAGGAUUAGAAAAGGAUUACCUCCCUCUUCAUUGCAUUUGUCAACACUUCGAUCUUUCCAUGCUUCUGGAGAGUACAGGAGUAUGGUUAGAGAUCCAGUUUCUAAUGUACAGAGGACUCACUCUCAAUUUUCGCCACGGGAGGCUCAUAAAUUAAAUCUCUUACUGAAUUCCACACCCUCAUUCAUCUCUUCCGUAUCCCUUGUGCCCGAAGGGGCUCAUUUGCUGCUUCCACAAACUGGCCAAAAUAAUUUAGUCAUCGCUGUUUAUGACAAUGAACCCACUAGUGUAAUAUCCUAUGUUCUCAGUUCCAAGGAAUAUGAGGACUGGAUUGCUGAUAAGCCGAAUAGGCAUGAAGGAAAUUCUUCAGCUUCUACAUUUUCCAAGUGGCAGUCUUUUGGAUCUCUGGAUUUGGAUUACAUCCACUAUGGAAGUUAUGGAUCUGAAGAUGCUUCAUUGACAAUUGGUUCCCUUUUUACGGAUUCGAAGAAUUCUCCUCAUCUUCGGAUUUCUUUUGAAGAUGAUUCUUUAAUUGCUGGGGGAAAAGUUAAGUUUUCCGUCACUUGUUAUUUUGCGAAGCAGUUUAAUGCUCUUAGAAAGAAAUGCUGCCCCGGUGAAGUGGAUUUUGUACGUUCCUUGAGCCGCUGCAAGAGAUGGAGUGCACAAGGGGGAAAGAGCAACGUGUACUUUGCGAAGUCUUUGGAUGAAAGAUUCAUUAUAAAACAAGUCCAGAAGACUGAGUUGGAAUCUUUUGAGGAAUUUGCACCCCAGUACUUCAAGUAUUUGACAGAUUCUCUCAGCUCAGGAAGUCCAACAUGCCUUGCUAAAGUUCUUGGUAUUUAUCAGGUAACUGUCAAACACUUGAAAGGUGGCAAAGAAACAAAAAUGGAUCUGAUAGUGAUGGAAAACCUCUUUUUCAAAAGAAGUAUCUCAAGGGUCUAUGAUCUUAAGGGCUCUUCACGAGCUCGUUACAAUGAAGAUACAACAGGGACAAACAAAGUAUUGCUUGAUAUGAAUCUUAUAGAAACACUGCGUACAAAACCCAUAUUCCUUGGGAGCAAGGCAAAGAGAAGCCUCGAACGGGCUGUUUGGAAUGAUACUUCUUUUCUAGCGUCUGUUGACGUGAUGGAUUAUUCAUUGCUGGUGGGGGUGGAUGAUGAGAGCAAAGAGCUGGUUCUAGGGAUCAUUGAUUUCAUGAGACAAUAUACGUGGGACAAACAUUUGGAGACAUGGGUAAAGGCAUCUGGCAUACUUGGAGGUCCAAAGAACGCUUCCCCGACCAUUAUCUCUCCCAAACAAUACAAGAAAAGAUUCCGAAAAGCAAUGACAACCUAUUUUCUUACUGUGUCUGAUCAAUGGUCAUCGUGAAGUGCAUAAACUACUACAUUCUUUCUGAUUUUCAAGCAUCUGGUGGCGAAUAAAGAGGAGCAAUAUUUUCAUUGCUGAGAAAUGAAGGGGGAAAACCCUCGGAGCAAUUGGUUCAUUUUGUUCUUUCUGGGCAGAAUUAGCCCAGCGAAGAGGUUUUCUUUUAUGUAAAAUGAGGGAACAUAAGUUUUCUUGGGGAAAUUCUUUUGUACUUUUGUGUACAUGUGCAAACAACAGUUUCCUUGAAGAAAAGUUCAUUAACAUGACUCGUGCAGAGCAUUUUCUGAAUGGUAUUUUAUUAUUAGGAAA